AUGAACAGGGACAGUCCCAAGGAGUUGGAUGCAGAGGAGUGGUGGAAGCUACUGUGUGUGGAGUGUCUAGGAAGCUGUCUGAACGACAUCAGCCUGGGAGAACCAGACCUGUUAGCAGCGGGGGUGCAGCGGGAGCAGAACGAGCGGUUCAACGUGUACCUGAUGCCCACUCCUAACCUGGACAUCUAUGGGGAGUGUACGAUGCAGAUUACCCAUGAGAACAUCUACCUGUGGGAUAUCCACAAUGCCCGCGUCAAACUGAUCAUGUGGCCCCUCAACUCACUGAGGAGAUACGGACGAGACUCCACCUGGUUCACUUUCGAGUCAGGAAGGAUGUGUGACACAGGGGAGGGUCUGUUUACGUUCCAGACGCGUGAGGGAGAGAUGAUGUACCAGAGAGUUCACUCAGCCACCCUGUCCAUCGCACAGCAACAUGAGAGGAUGAUGGAGGAGAGGACUUCACAGACCCACUCCAACCAGACAACGUUAACCAAGUCCAUCUCCCUGCCUCGCAGUGCCUACUGGCAUCACAUAAUGCGUCAGAACAGUGUUGGAGACAUCUACAGCUACCAAGGUACUAGCCUGACGAUGACCCUGAUGACCCGAGCACAGACCUUCCCCAGCUUUGUCUCUGGAAAGACAGAAGAAGAGCAGUCCUCACAGCGCCAGGAAGAGGCACUAUCCCCCUCCAGUGGCUACGGCUCAAACUGCAGCCAGGUGACGCUCCAAUGA